GCCCACCAGCACUCAAACCAUGACAGAACCCAAACUUGUCCCGCUCAGGAUCAGACUAAUUGGCUGAGACGACCGAGGCGUUUCUGCCCAUAACUGCGAGGCCUAUAGCGCAUCAUGUUUGUUGUAGUCGCUGCUCAAAGCGGCACAUGAAGCCGCCCACGUUUCAGAUGCCUCGGAGCGCUGUUCAUUGUGCCAACGACUGACAGCCACGCGGUCGCUCCUCGAACACCUGCUAACAUUUCUUUCCAUGAUAUCGUUAUUGAUGCUGAGCAUCGUAACGGAGGUCUGCUAUCUUUCGGAGUAACAUGCACCAAGUGCCCGCGAUUUUUGAGUUCUCUUUCCUUUGUCUACUUUUUUGAGCCUUGCUGGCGUUUCCUUUCUUGAAUCUCGCGUCUGCAUGGCUACUCCGCGAGAGUCGAUCACGACAGUGAAUGGGAGGCGGUGCACUCGUUCCCGGGCCCGGUUUUCAACCACAUCCGCCGUCAUCUCAGAGACUUCAGCGGUCGCUACUCAAACUCAAAUCACUACCUCGACUGUGGCAGAAGAAGCAUCGCAAAUACGGAGUAGCGCCAUCAGUUCUACAGCCCCGCCUUCCCUGUCACCUCCAGAAGCUUCUUCAUCGUCGUCGUUAGCAGAACAGCCUGUUCUCACGUCCACAACAGAAGUAGCAGUGUCGUCCGCGCUAGGUACGGAUACUAUAGACCCUAUUUCACGCCCACCGAUCGCACCGCUUGUCAACCUUAUGCCACCUGUACCGGUAGCAGGUUCAGAACAGUCUGCGCAGACCAGUGCGACAUCAGUAGUGCCUUCACGUGUUGCUGGAGUUAUCACAGUGCCUCUUACGAGUUUGGCACCCGUAUCUGACACGAUAGAAACAGCUACUCCCGCCGCAUCAUCCACCGUACUCGCGCAAGUAUCCUCAGGACUUGCAGUUCCAACCGCACCCACCAUCACGACAUCCAGCACAACACUCCCUGCCUUACCUAGUCAACCCGAAACACCAUCAGAGUCGUCGUCUACGGAAACAAGUGUAGCUGAACUGCCACAGCGAACAAACUCUGUCGUGUUAGCAAUUCCAACCGGGGGACAAGCUGGCGUGGUUGCGCCAGAACAAAACGCCAGCGGUGGUAAUGGCAUCAGCGGAACAGAUAUCAAAACCAUCGUUGGAGGAACAGUUGGUGGACUUGUAGGUCUUGUGUUACUUGGCGCCCUACUACUCUUCUGCCUGAGAAGACGCAAAUCGAAAGGGAAAAACUGGAACGAGAAAGAGGAGGAUUCCCGUUUUAUGACAAUGUUUGUUGCAAAAUUGAAGGGCAACAAGACCAAGUCAACGGACUUUCCGUACGAGCAACAUGUCCAGGGUCCAAGUGCCAGUUCGGUAUAUGCGACGCGCCCGCACGGCCGAAACAGUAGCAAGUUGGAAGGGAUAAAUGCAGGUCGAGGGAUAAAAGGCCCAGUCCGUCAAAAUAGCAACGGUGUCCAGGAUCCCUUUGCAGAUCCCGGGUCGCCUGCGAAUGUGCAGCUGCUCAGGUCGAAUUCGAGCGGACCUCUCAUACCACAACUUGCAGCAACUGCGGCACCUCGAUCGCCAUUCGCAUCGCUCCUUGAAGAAAUCGAGGGCGCGCCAGGUUGGUUGAGAGAUUCAGCUUGGUCAAACCAUAGGCGUACACAGAGUUCAGCUUCAGCACUAAAUUCGCACCCGCCUUCAUCUGUAUACUCGACAGCAAACGACCCCUUCAGGGAUCCCCCUAAUGUGUCGCCAACACCAGGCCAACGUCUUCCACCAAAUCGAGCGCGUCACUCAUCGAACGUACAUUCUGAAUACAUGAAUAUCAACACGAAAACCGCUCCAGCUUCUCGCGACUCUGAUUUUAUAUUGUUUGGCGAGCCUGGACCGAGUCGGCCAGCCACCGGAGUGUUCACUCCUGUUCCUAGUCGGCCAAGCACCAACACGUUCACUCCUGGACGGACGCCUCGACAAUCGGACCCUUUCGAUCUGGAUCGACCUGAGGUGCUCGGCUUUCGGAAUGUUAUCAGUCGAAUGGUCAGUGUGGGGAGGCAACCUACGCAAAGUAGACGAGCGAGCAGCGUUGGCAACUGGGGAAACGGUACUGAUUCAUAUUAUGGCCAGAUGGGGAAAUAUAGCCCAACACCAGGUCGAGGAGACAGGUGACGUUGAUGAAGGUUGAUGUUUACGAUCGAACGCGCAACAUACAAGAGCAGGACUUAAUGAUGAGCAAAUAUGGCGCCUUAACAAAACACAUUUUCACGAUAGCAGGAAGCAUUCCGUUGGUUCUAUCGCUCGGCAUUGAAGGAGUUUCUCUCGCGGAUGCAUAAUGUUCCUUAUCUUUUUGUCGCAUUUUCUUUUCAUUGUAGCUGGAUCUUACUACCUUGCAUAUAUGUCAUACCGCUUCGAGUUGCAUUCCAACCAUGUAGCGCUAGGACGCUCCACUGAUAGCUCUUGUUACGCAAAUCGGAUACAUACAACAGCGUUAGAGAUUAUACAUGUCUUGGCUGAACAUACAAUUACUCAUG